AUGGCCCGGAUGGAGAUGCGUACACGAGAGGCCCCUAUGGAAUGGGAGCGGGAGCAGGACAGGAAUCUGCCAAACAUUUUUUCGAACCCGCAGCCGCCAGCCGACCAUACUACUACGCCUGCCACAUCUAAUGGUCAACAGCAGAAACCUUUUGGGUUUGGUGCGAGUGUGCAGCGAGGAUCCAGCUUUGUGUCUAAUCAAGGAUCGUUCAACAGUGACGGAUGUGAAACAACAACACCAAAGCCCUUCCGUCAGGAUUCUCAACUCUCAGCAGGAGUAGGGACAUUUUCUCGACAGGACUCGUUCUCGUUCGGUUCAGGAGGAGGAUCGUUCUCUCGCCCACAAUCUCCCAACAAUACCGCACCCCAAAGCUUCACCGGCGCUGGUAGCACAACGCUGCACCGUGACGGAAGUGGAACAACCGAAGUCAUGGACGUGGACGAAUACCCUUCCACCCACAAUGCCAAGACCGGCGGUAAUGAGUUAUUUGACAUGAGGUCUCUUAGGAACGGUGUUGUUGCGGAGCAGCAAGGGCUGUCGCCUCGUCGGAUGCCAGGCAAAACUCAAUCCUCGUCGUCCUCGGCGAUCGUCGGUUCCCGGACUUCCAGUAUGCAGUAUCGUGGAUCAGGAGGUGCAGGCAGGGGCUCCAAGUUUUGGAGCGAUGGUGAUGACGAGGAUAACGAUGAGGAUAUGAAUGAGCCUGAGGAUGAUUCUGAGGAGGACAAUUAUGGUCGCCGUGGAUCCGGUCGUCAGACGAAUCGCCACAUGACUAGGAAUAUGGACGGAAGGAGACGAGGGCGGGAUCAGGAUGGCUCGGAGCGCCGCAGGUCUGAUCACGUCCGGUCACCAGCACCACAGGGUCGAGUUUGGUCCGAGAAUGUCGAUCUGCCCUAUAUCCUCUCUGGAUAUGUACAAGUUGCGAUGAACUCAGCCUUCGUAGGGAUGGCGAUCUACAUUAUUUAUAACUUUAUUACCACGAUCCAGAACGAUGUCAGCAUCCGGGCCGAGGACGCCUUAAGUCGGGAACAGAAGAUCAUCGACGACUGCAAUAGGAUAUACCACCUCAACAAGUGUGAUCAACCCCAUGUAGAGUUGCUCAAAGUGCCAUGUCAGGAACUCUUGGACUGCCUCAGUAAGCCACCCCCCAGGAUUGAACGGUCGGCGGUAGCGGCACAAACGUUUGCGCUCAUUUUCAAUACGUUCGUCCAUGCUAUCUCCUACAAAACUAUGGGGUUCUUGGUGGUGAUUGUGUUUGGAGGGAUGUAUUUUUCGAACCACGCAAUCUCGUCGUACCGACACAACCACCUUAUCCACCACCAAGAUCCAAUCGCCCACCCCGGAUAUGCUCCUCCCAAUUCUGCCUCUAUCACCGCGGGAGCCAGGAACACGAAUUCGAUGAUCACUGCUGGUCUCAAACGGAACGAUAGUAACAACCUCAGCAGCAACGGAGGGAGUUUACUGGGAUCGACUUCUUUGUCACUGAGCAGAGGAGGUGGUGGGUCACAUAUGUCGACUUCUAGUUCUAAGAGCCUAACGCUUCAGCACCGUGGGUCUCGACAUACUUUUCCUGAUUCUGACAACGAAUAA